AUGCAUCCAAGUAUUGUCAGAUUAGUGAAACCACGUCGUCCAGUGAGGGACGUUGCUCCUAUUCUCCCACCACUUCAGCUAUACAGAGCCAUAUUGAGAGCACAUGCACACAAGUUGCCUCAAGAUCUACGUUAUGUGGGUGAUCAAUAUGUGAAGAAAGAGUUUAAAGAGCAUAAAAAAAUCGACAACCCACUCCAUAUUGUGGGGUUCUUGACUGAAUGGCAAGAUUAUUUGAAACAAAUAGAUGGAGGUACUUGGUUGAAUGGGAAAAUGAGUAAACAAGACUUGGAAAAAAUGUCUCCUGAACAAAUUGGUCAAUUAUACGAGUUGAUGGAAGCAACAAAGAAAAUUGGAGAAGAAUAG